CGUUCCCGUGCCAUAAAUGACAUCUGCGAAUUGGACAGUCUGAUUGGCAUGCCAUCCCAUUCUCAACAAGCGACAAUUUCUCAUUUCUUCCCAAGAGUUCCAGUUAAACCGGCUGUUGGAGAAAGCACCACCAAGAGAUCUUGCUCGCCAAUUGACCUGACCUUCAAUGAGGAUUCCAAUUCGUCCGAGGAGGCCACUCCACGUCCUGCCAAGCGGCAGCGGACGCUUUCCACAGCCGAACAGUCUUCACAUGCCACUAAGAAGGCCAAACUCCCAACUCAAACAAGCAGUGCCACCAACGGAAGGGCCAUAGAACGAUGGGCCUAUAGGUCUAGGUCUCAGCCACAUACUGCAGAGAUAGAUACUGAGGCAUUUCGGCUCGACGCCGAAACCAAACGCGCCCGUCGACAAGCAUUUACUCAAAAAUUAUCUGAAACACCCACGCGGAAGCGAAGCCUACAGCCAGAGAUGGAUGAUCCUCAAAGUGUGUCACUCACCGAUGCAGGCCAUGAAGAAGAUGAAGAUGAUAUGGACUUGCUGGACCCUUCUCACGACGAAGAUUUCCAUGAUGGAGCACACCCUCAUGGGGAGACUGCUAAGGGAGGCGCCGGGGUUGCGUCUCUGAGCUCAGCAUCUGGCUCAAAAAAGUCAAAAUAUUUGGGCCCGUCUGGUCUCACGUACACCCCGCUUGAGAAGCAGAUCAUAUCUCUCAAGGAGCAGUAUAAAGAUGUCCUGCUCUUGGUGGAAGUUGGGUACAAGUAUCGUUUUUACGGAGAAGACGCACGAGUUGCCUCGAAAGAGCUAGGCAUUGCUUGCUUCCUGAUGAGGAAUUUCCUUUCUGCAAGCAUACCCAUACAUCGUGGGAUGGUUCAUAUCAAGAAACUUGUUUCUCAGGGAUACAAGGUUGGGGUGAUUGGGCAAGCUGAAACCGCUGCAUUAAAAAAAGUCUCUAAAAACCCGAACAAGCUGUUUGCGCGCACACUGUCAAACCUGUACACUUCGGCAAGUUUCGUCGAUGAAAUGCAAUUUAUAGGCGAGGACGAGGCCAUGUCACGUUCGGCGUCAAGAUCCUUGUUGUGUGUCAUAGAAGAGGUCCAAGGGCAAAGUGAUGAAAAGGCAAAGAUUGGGGUAAUUGCUGUCACUACCACAACAGGUGAAAUAAUCUAUGAUGAAUUUCAAGACUCCUACAUGAGGACAGAAUUAGAGACUCGGAUGGCGCAUUUGCGACCAGUUGAACUGUUACUGCCGAAAUGCGGAUUAAGUUCUGUCACUGGCCGAGUGCUUUCCCAUUUUAUCGAUAGGUCACCGUCAGCCUCGAGCUUCGUAGGAAAUAUGAAACUCCGCACGGAAUAUUUUAAGGAGCAAAUGAACUACCUGGAUGCUCUUGAUUAUGUUACGGACAUCUACCGGUCUCAAGACGUCCCCGAGGCGUCCUUCUCUAAUCAAUCAGUUGCGGAGGUCAUUGGCUUGCCUCAGUUGGUGACCAUUGCUUUAGCACAUACUAUUCAAUGCCUCAAGGCUUUCUCGCUUGGUAACAUCUUCACUCAGGACAACAAACUCAUCAAGUUCACAGCACGGACGCACAUGCUACUGAGUGCCGAUACACUUUCAAAUCUUGAAAUCUAUCGUAAUCAGACCGAUUUCUCGGAAAAAGGAUCGUUGCUGGAGGUUCUCGACCGAACUAAGACCAAAUUUGGAGCAAGGCUCCUCCGAGAAUGGAUGGGGCGACCCCUCAUCGACCGUUUGAUGCUGCAGGAACGUAUCGAGGCCGUCGAAGAAAUUAAAAAGUCCACAUCAUCAUCGAUUGUGAAGCUAAGACAACUGAUUCAAGGGAUGCCAGACCUUGCCAAAGGCUUGUGUCGUGUGCAGUAUGGCAAGUGUACACCCAAAGAACUUUCUAUUCUCUUAGAGGCGUUCGAUCGCGUUGCCCAUGUCUUCGACCCUGACGCCCUAAAUAGAAUCGAGGUCUCAUCCCCUAUGCUGAAGUCAAUUAUAUGCGCCUUGCCGACUAUACGGACCCAUGUGGACAAAUUAUUAUCUGAUAUUAAGCUCGCCGAAGCUCGAGAAAACAACAUGGACAGUUUAUGGAGAAAUGAAGAUAAGUUCCCCGAUAUCGAAAACUUUACCCUUGGCAUCAUGGCCGUUGAAAGUGAUCUGGCUGAAGAACUAAAGAGGAUUCGCAAACUUCUCCAUCGACCUAGCCUCCAUUGGAAACAUGUGGCAAAGGAUGAAUAUCUAGUUGAAGUGCCGAGAAAUUCUACUAAAGAAGUCCCGGCAUCUUGGAUUAGGAAGUCAUCGACGAAGUCCGCAGUUCGAUUCCAAACCCCUGAAGUCAAAAAGCUACUUGAGGAACGCGAGAGGAUGAAGGAAUCAAAAGUUGCUGAAUGCGACAGAGCUUUCCGGAAAUUCUUGGAGGAGGUUGUGACUGUCUAUGGUGUCUUGAGAGACUGUAUAAGCAAACUCGCAACAUUUGACUGCCUUAACAGUUUGGCAGAAAUCAGUGCAGCUCCUGGUUACGUUAAGCCACAGUUCUUCGAUGAUGAUGCGCCAGAUGGAUUAGACAUCGAAGGAGGGCGUCACCCAAUGAUAGAGAAACUGCGAAUGGAUCCCUUCGUCCCCAAUAGUAUUGCGCUGGGUGGAGCUUACCCUAGACAUCAAAUAAUUACAGGCCCCAACAUGGGAGGCAAAAGCUCAUGCGUUAGAAUGACCGCCCUCAUCAUAAUUAUGGCUCAAAUCGGAAGCCAUGUUCCAGCCAGCAGUGCAAAGCUUGGCAUCCAUGAUGCUGUCAUGACCCGAAUGGGAGCGAUGGAUGAGUUGACGAAGGGCAGAUCGACCUUCAUGGUGGAGAUGUCUGAAACUAGCAACAUUAUCAGAACUGCUUCCCCAAGAUCGCUGGUCAUCCUGGAUGAGCUCGGAAGGGGCACUUCGACAUUUGAUGGAAUGGCCAUCGCAUUCAGUGUUUUACUUCACUUGAUAGAGUCGGUUAAGUGCAAGACACUGUUUAUCACACACUAUCCGCUCCUCGCUUCGGAAAUGGGAAAGCUAGCCGACGUAAGCAAUGGGCAUAUGGGCUUCAUUGAACGCAAACGAGAAGAUGGCUCCCGUUCAAUUAGUUUUCUAUACAAACUAACUCCAGGGAUCGCGCACAGAUCCUUUGGGAUUGAAUGUGCAGAACUGGCCGGUUUACCAUGUAACGUGCUUAAUUCCGCUCGACACCGUUCCGAACAAAUGGAAGAAAGGGUGAAGUCGCGCAGAAUAAAGUCACUGACUGCCAAAAGACUGCAAUUCUUUCUCAAGACGAGCAAGGCGCUCAGCGGACUUUCGACUUUUGGUAAUCCAUGUGGAACCCCGCUGGAGUGCGUUGCAUCUCUCCGUGUUCGCACUCUUGAGAAGACCGUGUGCAGUUGACCAUGAGCAAACACGUCGUUUCGACCAUCGAUAACUACACGAUCGAAUGUGAGGCCUUGACAAGUGUUGAAAGUUGUGACGUAAGUCAAUCUGAGUAGGAGCUGUUUUCUGCGGAUUGCCAAGUUGAGCCAG